AUGCAAGGCGUUGAAAUUGACGCACGGUACAUAGAGAUGGAGAGCAUGCAACCGGAACAGGAUGCUAUACCUUCGCUGCUGAUGCCGCAAGGACAAUCGGCUCCGACUGGAUUUGAGCUGGAAUCGUACCGUGAACCACCUACUAGCUUCGCGAAAGAACACGUGGUGUUUGAUACCCCUGCAAACCGUUCCAGACGUUCUCGCGAAUCCGUUUUCCUUCUUGAAGAUGGAACUGACGCCGAGGAAGAACGGAAUCAGAAGGAAGUGAUGUACUGUACUCUUCAAAGCGUGCCGGGAUAA